AACGUGGUGCUUCACGGGAGCCGGCGCCCGGAAGGUCAGCGUGUGAAGGUGGCAGUAGCAACGCGGGUCUUCCCGCUGUUGCUGUGGGGACCACGGCCGAGCACACAACCCCGGCCUGAGGUGGUGGUGGUGGUGGUGGUAAGCCCCCCGCAGUUUGCCGCGACGUCAUGGAGGGUGGCGGGGGAAGUGGCAACAAAACCACCGGCGGGUUGGCCGGCUUCUUCGGAGCGGGAGGAGCGGGUUACUCGCACGCUGAUUUGGCCGGCGUUCCGCUGACUGGUAUGAACCCCCUGUCUCCGUAUUUAAAUGUGGAUCCACGCUAUCUUGUUCAGGAUACUGAUGAGUUCAUUUUGCCAACUGGCGCUAACAAAACCCGAGGCAGAUUUGAGCUAGCUUUCUUUACCAUUGGAGGAUGUUGCAUGACAGGGGCUGCAUUUGGGGCAAUGAAUGGUCUUCGGCUAGGAUUGAAGGAAACCCAGAGCAUGGCCUGGUCCAAACCAAGAAAUGUACAGAUUUUGAAUAUGGUGACUAGACAAGGGGCACUUUGGGCUAAUACUCUAGGUUCCCUGGCUUUGCUGUAUAGUGCAUUUGGUGUUAUCAUUGAGAAAACACGGGGUGCAGAAGAUGACCUCAACACAAUAGCAGCCGGAACCAUGACGGGAAUGUUGUAUAAAUGUACAGGUGGUCUUCGAGGAAUGGCACGCGGUGGCCUGGCAGGACUGACACUCACCAGUCUCUAUGCGCUGUAUCACAACUGGGAGCACAUGAAAGGCUCCCUGCUCCAACAAUCACUCUGAAGACCUUGGCCACCUCAGGAUGGGGGACAUUUCACAGUCAUCCAGACAGACUAAUAAGUCAGUCUGGAGUAGCUUUCUCUUUUGUACUACAAUUACUUUGAACAAUUGGAGACUCUGAUUUGCUGUGACAAAGAUCAUGGAUGGUUAGCCUGGACUGCACUGUGUGCCCUUAGUGAGCGGAAGCCAAACCCUUUGGUGGCUCACUGAGUAUGUGUUCUCUUCUCCUUUGGAGAUGGUCUCACACCUGUUUCUCUCCUACCCCAAAAUUGGAAAGCCACUUACUCUCCAAAUUCAGGCUGUACUUAUUUUCAGUGCUUUUAUCACCAUGUUUAUCAGUUAAAAGUCUAAAGCAAAUGUUGCCCUGUAUUCCAAAUAAAGUGUGAAAAUAGAA